GCGCGUGCUCAAAGAUCGACCGCCGAAGCAAAGUGGGGAGUCUCCAGGGUCUCUCGUCACUCCAUCUGUCAGUUCUCCAUCCUUGGAUAUUACUUCGUGCCAGUGCCACCAUGGCCGAUUUCACGGUGUUGAAGGUCGUUGUAGUGGUUUUCCUCAGCGUGGCCAUCUACAACUUCCUUGAGCUCAACGUCAAAAUCUUCACCACCUUCAAACGACGGAGAGGGCUCUAUUUCUGGAGUUUUACCAUCGCAACAUGGGGCAUUCUGUUCAACUCGAUCGGAUAUCUCCUCAAGCACCUCGAGGUGACGACCGACGGAAAUAUCUACGCAACCAUUAUCUUGAUAGGAUGGUGUUCCAUGAUCUCCGGUCAAUCGGUCGUUUUGUACUCCCGGUUGCACAUCGUCAUGCACAACGCAAAGCGGCUGCGGGCCGUGUUGAUCAUGAUCGUCGUCGAUGCCAUAUGGUUGCAUAUACCCAUUAUUGUCUUGGUAUACGGCGCAAACUCGAACAACCCUGGGCCAUUUCAAGGCCCUUAUGCCAUCUACGAAAAAAUUCAACUCACCGUCUUCGUCAUCCAAGAACUGAUCAUCUCUGGUCUUUACGUCUACGAGACCAUGAAACUCCUCAGACUGGAAAGGACCAUCGGCAACAACGGAUCUAGGACUAUACUCUACCACCUGAUAUAUGUCAACAUUCUCGUCAUGCUGCUGGACUUCAGCAUUAUCGGUCUUGAGUUUGCCAAUCUCUACGAGAUUCAGACCUCCUGGAAGCCACUAGUUUACAGUGUAAAGCUGAAGCUCGAAUUCAGCAUCCUCAAUCGCCUCGUUGAGUUGACAAGAAAUGCUCGAAGCGGCGACUCGCGCUCGUUCAGCAACGCAGUCCAGUCAGGUGGCCUUGCCCUGGGCACAAUGAAGGGCAACAAUACAACACACCAGCGCUCAGUGGCACGUGGAUCGGAUCGUACUGGUGAAUGGGAAGUACGCGUUGGUGGUGGAAAAGGCAACGGCAAUGCGCUGCCUUCGACCGUCGUCAAGACGACUGAGGUCAAGAUCCAGAGUCAUAGCCGUCGAAAGAGCGAUGCAAGUCUUGCGGAGAGUAAGACGGAGAUCUUACCUGAGGCCGCUAAUCCUGACGGUAAUGCUCACGAGACGGAAAGAGGGAGCGCGUCGUCGGUCUCGUCUGAUGUGGGUUACGGGAAAUACGCGAAUCCAUCCUGGCGGUGAAAGAGUCAGCACGCACGUCAGCUUCAUGUCACGGUUUCGAGCGCUAGAUACCCUAAACGCAUUGUUUUCUCAUAGCCCGUGACGGUCCAAUGUGCGCAAACCAAUUCAAGCUCUGC